AUGGAGUUGGACGACAUAUUGGGCGACAACCCGCCAGCCGCAGUAGAUUUAGUGGACAUUGACGAUAUCCUUGGCGACCCUCCGGCCGCCGGAACACAAAACACAAACCCCGCAGCACCCGCCAGUGCGCCAAAUGAAAGUUUGACCGAAAUGCCGUUUGUUUUGGAUGUGCCGAAGCCGCGGCGCCCGCCUGCAAAAGGCCCGCCGCCGCCUCGGGCACAUACGGUGCAGCUGCAAUUCUUCAGAGAUCCGCCGCCUCAUGUGAAGACGUACGUGACGAAUGCGUGCUACUACGCAAAUCAAGUUUCUAUGAUCAACCCCGACGGUUCUCGAGAAAAACGAGGGAUUGUUUUGAACGACAGCAACAUUUACGUCAUGAGCAGCGGUGCAAAAGUGGAACAAACCAUACCACUCACGCAGGUGGAGGCUUUGAUUAUGCAGGACAUCAUGACACCGAAGUCUCUCGGCAUAUCAAAGGAAUGGCAGACGCAUAUUUUGUUGCAACUGCGUGACUUUCCGGACUUGUUUUUUUCGCUGCCAGACGACAAGAAGAAUGACCCCACCACUGGCGGCACUUACGGCGAGAAGAUCCCGGUGCUUGAGGUGGUGCUGGCGGAGCUCCUGCGGGCGUACGACGUUGACCUUCUCGUUUGCAGCCUCAGGGAGGAGGAGAGUAUUCAUCACCUUGUAAAGCGAACCGUGACCGAUGCGGCGAUGCGACGUGAGUGUGAUGAAAUCCUCGCCUACCGCACGAGCCUGACGGCCACGCUGAAUGAUCUGAUGAGGCAGGAUUCACGGCUUGUUAUGAACUGCAACGAGAUUGAGGUUUCUGGUGCGUCCCACACGGCAACGACACUGCUGAAGGAGAUUGAACUGAUCGAGGGCAAGAACGAGGUGAUGACGGCGGCGCUGAAUCAGGCAAACGUCUCGCUGAACAGGUGCCUCUCGAAGGAGCACGAGUUACGCGGGUCCCUGCAGGCGAAGGAAAAGGCGGUCCAGGAGGAGGUGGACAGGCGGGUCGCGGCACAGCAAGGUGAAAUGAUCGCGAGGCAGGCGCUGGAGUACGAACUCAUGAAGGUCGCCCACCAGACGGAGAUGCAGCACCUCAAACUCCUGUGCGAAUUCCUUCAGGCACGAAUCGAGCGGUGCCGCCGGUCCCCUGCAGUCACCGUCGCUGACCUCGAGUCCCAUUUGGAGGAGUUGAAACGACUGAAGCAGUCGGUGCUCUCGCGUAAAGCUGAGGCAAACAAAAAACUGGCGGUGGCGAAGCGGCACCUCGUCGACUCGGAGGCCGCGCUGCAGAAGGUAACGAAUGAAGUGGCGGUGCUGCAAAAAUUACCGCCGGGCACACCCAUUCCACCCGAUUUUAACCGCGAGUUGGCACCCACGUUUCUUCCGGUGCACCUCCCGCAGAAGCAGCUGGGGGACCAGAGUGUGGGCGUCGAUGUGAACGCCCCACCGCACAUGAGCAGCAGCAGCAGCAGCAAGAAAAUCAGUAACACCCAAGAGACGGCGUUGGUGCUUCCAGACGACGACGACGAUGAUAUUUGCCUUGAGAAGCCCCCAACGCAACAGCCGGCUAGGAACAAAUCCAGCAUUAUAUUGGACGACGACUUGUAA